AUGGGGAACAUGGACGGGAAAGCCGUGGAGGAGCUGAGCACCACCGAGUGCCACCAGUGGUACAAGAAGUUCAUGACGGAGUGUCCUUCUGGCCAACUCACCUUCUACGAGUUCAAACAGUUUUUUGGCUUGAAAAACCUGAGUCCAGCAGCGAGCAAAUACAUCGAGCAAAUGUUUGAGACGUUUGACUUUAAUAAGGAUGGCUACAUAGAUUUUAUGGAGUACGUGGCAGCCCUAAGCCUGGUCCUGAAAGGGAAGGUGGAGCAGAAGCUGCGAUGGUAUUUCAAGCUCUAUGAUGUGGAUGGGAACGGCUGCAUUGACCGGGGAGAACUGCUGAACAUCAUCAAAGCCAUUCGAGCCAUCAACCGCUGCAACGAAAAGAUGACAGCUGAGGAAUUCACAGACAUGGUGUUUGACAAAAUUGAUAUAAAUGGAGACGGUGAGCUCUCCCUGGAAGAGUUCAUGGAGGGUGUGCAAAAGGAUGAGGUGCUGCUUGAGAUCCUCACCCGCAGCCUGGACCUGACACACAUCGUCCGGUUGAUCCAGAAUGAUGGGAAGAACCCACAUGAGCCGGAGCAGGCGGUGGAGGCUGCUCAGUAG